AUGACUUCCACUGCAUUGCCUGCUGAGGCAGUCCUUCGUCGUCUGGCGACAACUGACUCGACCCCCAGCUCCUCUGCCAACAUCUCACCUCUCGAUAGUCCGAGAACCUCCCCUUCCUCGACCUCCCUGUCCUCGCUUGCCUCGGAAGACGCUGCCACUCAGGCAAAACAGAGCCCCGAAAGGAAGCAGCUGCUCGAUACCUAUGGCAACCCCUUCGAAGUGCCCGAUUUCACAAUUGGCGAUAUACACAAAGCCAUCCCCAAGCAUUGCUUCCAACGAUCUGCGGCCACCGGUCUGUACUAUGUUGCUCGGGACGUCACCUCCCUCGCCGUCACCUUUUGCCUCUUCAACCGGUUUUUGACCCCCGAGAAUGUCCCGUCCACCCCAUUAAGAGCUGGUCUGUGGUUUCUUUAUACUGUUGUGCAAGGGCUCUUCGGUACCGGGCUGUGGGUGCUGGCUCAUGAGUGCGGGCAUCAGUCAUUCUCGCCCAGCAAGGUCCUGAACGACACCGUCGGUUACCUCUGCCACACCGCGCUUCUGGUGCCUUAUUUUUCUUGGAAAAUCUCGCACGGCAAGCAUCACAAAGCCACGGGCCACAUGGAGCGAGACAUGGUCUUUGUCCCCGUCACCAAAGAGCAAUACUGCACUCGAAGAGGGUGGCUGCUACAUCAGCUCGAUGAGCUUACCGAGGAGACUCCAAUUGCAACUGCGUACCACCUGAUCACCCAACAACUUUUUGGCUGGCCCAUGUACUUGCUCACCAACGUCACCGGCCACAACAAGCACCAAGUUCAGCGUGAGGGCCGCGGCAUUGGCAAGCACAACGGUUUCGGAGGCGGAGUCAACCAUUUCGAUCCUGCCAGCCCAUUGUAUGAGGCCAAAGAUGCUAAGCUCAUUUUCCUGAGCGAUUUCGGUCUUCUCGCGGUUGGAAGCAUCCUCUUCUGGGUCGGUAAGACUUAUGGUCUCUCCAAUCUGUUUGUCUGGUAUCUUGCUCCCUACUUGUGGGUCAAUCAUUGGUUAGUGGCGAUAACGUUCCUGCAACACACCGACCCUUCUCUUCCUCACUAUACUCCUGAGAUGUGGACAUAUACCCGCGGCGCUGCAGCCACAAUUGAUCGAGAAUUCGGGUUCAUCGGGCGUCAACUAUUCCACGGAAUCAUCGAAACCCAUGUCCUCCAUCAUUAUGUCAGCACCAUCCCAUUCUACCACGCUGAUGAGGCCAGCGAGGCCAUCAAGAAGGUCAUGGGUCGUCAUUAUCGAAGUGACACGGAGGGAGGUUCAUUGGGCUUUCUGCAAAGCUUGUGGAAAUCGAUGAGAUGGUGUGGGUGGGUUGAACCCAUGGAGGGGGCUACCGGGGAGGACGCAGGCGUGCUGUUCUUCCGCAACAGAAAUGGGUUGGGACUGUCUCCCACCAAGACACCGAAACCUGCGGCGUGA